AUGCCUUCGAUGCAGCUUGCUCACCCCUCGCCGAAGCGCAAGCGCGACCCGCCCCAGCAGAUGCCGCUGCUGAACACCGCCCUGGCCAUUCGACCCGCACAAACCCCACCACGACGCGACAGUCCCGCACCCUCGUCGGGCGCCGACAGCCCCAGAAAUGCAGUCGCGGAGCAGCUCAGAGGCAUGACGCUCAUCUCCACCGCGGCCAUCCCCAUGUCGCCGCUGACGCCCAGCGACGAUGUGGUACGCAAGAAGCCAAAGCUGGGCGCAAUAGACGUGAAUGAAGAGGACGCACCGAGCGCAUCUGCGUCAAAACCAGAUGCCAAGCCCUGCAAAAAGGUCAACAUGCCGGAUGCUGUUGCCUUCGAGCCUCCGCUGGACACACCUCGGGAGAUUCCUGAGACCCCUCAAGCGCCAAGACCCCGCAUCGUGGCAGACAUAGCCGCUUUUGCACACCCCACCACGUUCAUAUCGUCGUUUGGUGGUACCUUGUCACCACAGACAGCGUUCAUCAGCCAAACGAACCACGCAUUCGGUUCAGCCAACCAGUCGUCCUCACACUCGCGCCCUCGAAAGGUGCCUGUGUCACCCCCGCUUUCGGCUCUCACGUGGCAGGACGACGAGAUCACGGGUCACCUCACCGGCCCGGCAAACGAUCCAGACGACGACGGAACAGGCCUCAACGGGAUUGGAUUCAAGCCAACGCCCGCGAUUGCGUAUGCCAGAGCGCAAAGGAGGAAACAGCAGCUGUCUGAAUGGAAGGCCAGAGAGACUCGCGAGGCCCGGGCGAAGCGCAUCCAGAGGAGACACCGCGGUGUCAGUGCUAGGCCUCACGAAUCGAGGGAAUCCACAGUAGAGAGAGACGUUCCAGCGCAACCUAUCGAGGUGCCUAGGAGGAAGGUGCAGUUCACAGUAUGA